CGCGGACACGCGUGUUUCCCCCCCAACACCUAAGCGGGGUUUUUCUGAAGCGGGAGGCGUUAUGGUGCCGGGGGACGCGGGAACUAACAUUGGAUGGACAAGUCUGGAGCUGCAGGACCCUUUGUGGGCUCACAGGCCGAGACCCCUCGACCCCCACCCUAACCUUCCAAGAUGCGGGUGACCUCCUGCCAGGGCAUCCUGGCUGCCGCCAUCGCCGUUAACCUCCUGAUCCUGUACUACAUCUCCAGGCUUCAGCAGCAAGUCCUCCAGCGGCACAGGGACCACGCCCAGCCCAGCUACCCUCAGCACCUCGCACCCCUCCGCCCCGGCGUCACCCUCCUGAUCCGAGACUUUGAAGACUUCGAGAACUACGUCUCCAGCGUGGUGAAGUCUUUCCUGAAACAGGACCCAGAGCUGCCCAUCCUGGUGGUAGCCGACAGCUUGCCCUACCCUCCCUUGCUUCUUCCCAAGGUGCCCAACGUCCAGCUGGUCGUCCUCAAACCUUCCCCGGCUCAGCCGGCCUUCCUAUCCAGGCCGGAGAGUUACGUGAGGACGGAGUAUGUGGCCUUGGUACCCGACGGGGUGAGAGUGGAAUCCCCGUCGCAGCUGGAGGAGAUGCUGGAGGAGCUUAAGAGCAGCCAAGGGAAAGUGGAGAUGGUGGCAGCUGCGGUCCACUCCCCGCUGCCUUUCCGCUGCCUGAACCUCAGGGUCAGCCUCAAGGAAUGGACCGCGGAGUACAGCGAGACGCCCCCUGCCUCCAAGCUCUGCACCGCCUUGAAGGGGAAGGCCGUGGUGCUCCUUCGCACCAGGAGCCUCUUCAACCUCUCCAUGCCUCUGGCCAAACCUUUGCUGACCUCCCUCUUCAUCCAGACCUCUCUGCGAGGGUGGGCCGUCGGUCUCCUGGACCGCCCCUUCUCCUUGUUCCACCUGCCGCUGCUCACCUCCUCCCACAACCAGUGGAAAGCCGACAAUCUGGACAAGUCCAAUCAGCUGCAGCUCUUCCGCGACUUCGGCAUCAAGCAGGUGAUUCUGGAAGACGGCAAACAGCAGUGGUUUGGGUGCAGCAAGGAGACGCCGCGUUGUUUCGGCACCAUCCAAGACGACACGCCGGAGUACCUCUACCACAACCGCUGGACUCCGCCGUGCUGCCUCAAGGCCCUGAGGGAAACCGCCAAAUACGUCAUCAACAUCUUGGAGAUCUCUGGGGUGCGCUACUGGCUGGAGGGGGGCACGCUCCUCGGGGCAGCCCGCCACCAGGACAUCAUCCCUUGGGAUUACGACGUGGACCUGGGAAUCUACCUGGAAGAUAUUCCCAACUGCGAGUUGCUCCGGAGCGCCGAGUCGGGUUCCAUCGUGGACGAGAAGGGCUUUGUGUGGGAGAAGGCCAUCGAGGGAGACUUCUACCGGGUGCAGUACAGCGAGCACAACCAUCUGCACGUGGACUUGUGGCCCUUCUACCCCAAGAAUGGGGUGAUGACCAAGGACACCUGGAUGGACCACCGGCAAGACAUGGAAUUUCCCGAGCAUUUCUUAAAGCCUUUGGUGCCCAUUGAAUUUGCCGGCUUCGUGGCUUUGGUGCCCAACAAUUACCGCAGCUUCCUGGAGCUCAAAUUUGGGGAAGGGGUGAUUGAAAACCCAGAAUACCCAAACCCGGCAUUGAAGAGCAUGAGAUAAGGGGACGCCCAGCUGCAGAGAGAGGGAUUGUGAGGUCGCCCCAAAACUAAAAUCUUCCCUUUGAUAUGAAUUGGGGGGCCUGAGUCAUUGCCACAUAUAAAAGCUGUGUGUUUGUGUGUGUGGCUCAUUUAUGGCUGGUUCCCCAGCAUCUCUUCGGAACUCAGGGAGAUGUUUGCAACACUGAAAGGAGUCAGAGCGCUGGCCAGAGGGCUGUUUGUCCUGUCGUUUCCCCCCCCAAAACCCAUCACUCGAUGCACCCCACGCAUUCCUAGGCUCUGAUAGCCAUCACCCGGCAUUCUUUAUCCUCAGCAGCUGGUAUUCGGGGGGAGACUGCCUCUGCUCAGCCGUGAUCGUUGCAUUUAGGGAGGGGGGAGACUCAACACCAGAGAGGACAGCUGUCUUUUAAAAUAGGGUCUGUGGGCUGGGGCAGAGAAAAGGAGGGGAGCCUGACAGCUGUUCAUUUUGGCAAGGGGCAGCUGGAAGAACAGACUGUACCGGCACUGACUUUCACAGAAUGGCCUAAAAGAUGAAAGGUGAUUGUGGGACUGAAAGAAUAGGAUACACAAGCGCGCACACAACCGAUUCCAGAACAGGAGAAGUCGCCACAAUCAACUCAUCACAGCCAACUCUCCACGGGAUGACUUACAGCAGGACGAGGUAAUAAUUCAAUUAUUUAAAUGAAUAAACAAUUUUUGUCAUUCA